CUGGACCCAAACACAGUAAACAGACUCCUCUCUCUGUCUGAGGAGAACAGGAAGGUGACACGUAGGAGAGAGGAGCAGCCGUAUCCUGAUCACACAGAGAGAUUUGAGGACUGUGGACAGGUGCUGUGUAGAGAGGGUCUGACUGGGCGCUGUUACUGGGAGGUAGAGUGGAGUGGGAGGGGGGCUGAAAUAGGAGUGACAUAUAAGGGAAUCAGCAGGAGAGGAGAGGGUGAUGACAGUCUGAUUGGAUACAAUGACACGUCCUGGAGUCUGCGCUGCUCUGACAACAGAUACAGAGCCUGGCACAAUUGUAAUCGGACUCCCAUAGACGUCCCCACUUCCAGCUCCCACAGAGUAGGAGUGUAUCUGGACUGGCCAGCCGGCACUCUGUCCUUCUAUAGAGCCUCCUCUGACACACUGACCCACCUGAUCACAUUCACCUCCACAUUCACUGAGCCCCUCUAUCCAGGGUUCAGGGUUCAUUAUGUUGACUCCUCAGUGUCCCUGAAAUAA